AGCGAGGGCAGGAGUGUGGACGCUGGCUGCGACGAGCCGUGCAGCGCUCGCCCCCGCCAGGCUGGUCCUCCGGGAGAAAAAGUUUCUCUCCUCCCGCCCCUUCCCUUGGCCGACUGAAAGAAAAGCCAGAACUCUACACUUGGACGUUUGAGUCGCUCCGAAGCCCCACGUCCUCGCCCCCGCCGGGUUUGCUAAGGGAGCCGGGCGUGCACACAGAAGUCAGGGUAAGGUGAGUUGUGCGGGCACUUGGAGAAGUUUGAAGGGAGAGAGGCCCAAGAUGGAAACCGCAGCCCAGGCGCCCCCGGACGAGCUCGGGCUCCUGCUCGCAAAAAGAGAAAGUCGAGCCUGCCUUCCUGCCCGACAAGAAAACAACAACACAACAACAAGCACCCCGAAGGGGGUGGAAGGAGUGAUGUCACUGGCCAGGCUGACAAAGGCGUACCCCUCCCCCUCCGCGCCGCGCGGUCUCGGGGAGGGGCGCCUGCAGCGCGGGGGACUCGAAACUUUUCCUCUUUAAGAAAAAAAAAAAAGUCGCGCGCUGCCCGGAGUGGUUUUUUUUUUUCCGCCUUCUUUCCUCGUCUCCCCUCCCCCCUCUUCCUUUUGAAAGUUUCUUUCCUCCCCCCCCACCGCAUGGCUGAUUCAACCUCACUGUCAAUCAACUUUUUUUCCCUCCUGUUCCUUAUUUAAAUAAAGUUUAAAGCUCCUCCUUUCUCCAGCCCACCAAAGAAAAAAAAAUCUGAAACUAUAAAUUGGGCUUUGCGCGCCGUAGCCCGGGAGAGUCAGAAAGGCGAGGGGCGUCCGGAGCCGGCGUGUGCGACUCCAGACCGGAGAGCCGGAGGCUGCGCCUUCCCAGCACCGGGACCUUCGCGACGCACCCAGAUCUCGCCCCUGCCCCGCUCGAGCGCCCGCGAUGACCACCACCCUCGUGUCCGCCACCAUCUUCGACUUGAGCGAAGUUUUAUGCAAGGGUAACAAGAUGCUCAAUUACAGUACUCCCAGCACAGGGGGCUGCCUGCUGGACAGGAAGGCCGUGGGUACUCCUGCCGGAGGGGGCUUCCCUCGGAGGCACUCGGUCACCCUGCCCAGUUCCAAGUUCCACCAGAACCAGCUCCUCAGCAGCCUCAAGGGUGAGCCGGCCCCGGCCCUGAGCUCUCGGGACAGCCGCUUCCGAGACCGCUCUUUCUCCGAAGGGGGCGAGCGGCUGCUGCCGGCCCAGAAACAGCCUGGGAGCGGCCAGGUCAACUCCAGCCGCUACAAGACGGAGCUGUGCCGCCCCUUUGAGGAAAACGGAGCCUGUAAGUACGGGGACAAGUGCCAGUUCGCACACGGCAUCCACGAGCUCCGCAGCCUGACCCGCCACCCCAAGUACAAGACAGAGCUGUGCCGCACCUUCCACACCAUCGGCUUUUGCCCCUACGGGCCCCGCUGCCACUUCAUCCACAACGCUGAGGAGCGCCGAGCCCUGGCCGGGGCCCGGGACCUCUCCGCUGACCGUCCCCGCCUCCAGCAUAGCUUUAGCUUUGCUGGCUUUCCCAGCGCCGCUGCCACCGCCGCUGCCACAGGGCUGCUGGACAGCCCCACAUCCAUCACCCCACCCCCCAUCCUGAGCGCUGACGACCUCCUGGGCUCACCUACCCUGCCCGAUGGCACCAAUAACCCCUUCGCCUUCUCCAGCCAGGAGCUGGCGACCCUCUUUGCUCCCAGUAUGGGGCUGCCUGGGGGUGGCUCCCCAACCACCUUCCUUUUCCGGCCCAUGUCCGAGUCCCCUCACAUGUUUGACUCUCCCCCCAGCCCUCAGGAUUCUCUCUCGGACCAGGAGGGCUACCUGAGCAGCUCCAGCAGCAGCCACAGUGGCUCAGACUCCCCCACCUUGGACAACUCAAGACGCCUGCCCAUUUUCAGCAGACUUUCCAUCUCAGAUGACUAAGCCAGCAUAGGGAGGGACCCCCCUGCUUCCUUCAUCCCCUGGCCCCACACCUGGCCCCUCACCUCCCUAUCCACCCAAUUUCCCUUGACCCUAUAUUAACAAGGUUAAGCUCAAAUGCCUUCCCCAGAACCUUGGAAUGUCCCCUCCCUACUUCCCCACCCUCCCCACACAAGGACAAGUCAAUUUGUCAGUAGCUUUUUCUGGCUUGAAAUGCCCUCCCUCGACUUCAUAGCCCACUUAACCACGCAUAACAGACAAGUCUCAUAUUUGUCAGUAGAUGCCUCUUUUUCUGGCUUAAGCCUUAAGUGCCAAAUCACAAAAGAAAAAGCAGUUAACAGUUUACAGAAGCAACUUAGUGCCUUGUAAUCUAACUUUGUCACUGUGACUACAUUACCUCUUCGGCGCCAGGGGGCACCCAUGGGCCUCCUGGGGCCUCUGCCCAUGGGGGGUGGACACCCAAAACCAGCAGCUCCCUCCACUGGCGACAUGACUGCACCUUCCCUUAUUUCUCCCGCACACUUCUUCCUCUUCCCAGUAGAAAGUUGUCCUUCCCCCCCCUUUGGGAGAGUGGUUGCUGGACUUGGGUUUUUGGGGAAAACUGUCUUGACAUUCAAAACCUUUUUCUUCCCAACCUGGACCCCCCGUUGACUAAUCUUGCCUGGGUUUGUAGGUCUGCAGGAAGGAAGGCUGGAAAAGUGGAUGAAGAUUUGGACAUAAGUGGGACUUUGUGAUUUAACUUUUUCUUUUUUUUUUUUAAGUGGGGAGAAAGGGGAGGCUAGAUGGACUAUGAGAGACUCGAUUUUGGUGCUAAAGUUCCCCAGUUCAUAUGUGACAUCUUAAAAAAACAAAAAAAGAGAGAAAAGCUAAAAAAACAUGUAAGGGGUGAGCAGUUAAUGGUAUUCAUUCCACAUACAAUAUCUGUGUAAAACGAUUUCCUGUAGAAGUAGCUUUAAUGGUUUUGCUCUAGAAUACCGUAGGUCUACCCUUAGAGCUCUCACGCCAUGCUUUUUUCCCUGGGUUUUAAACUUCAUGUAACUUUCAGAAAUUGGAGAGCAAAAAUUUUGCUUGUCACUGCACAUCAAUAUAAAAAAGCUUAUUUAACUUAUCAAAACGUAUUUAUUGCCAAACUAUGCUUUUUUUUUGUUAAUUUUGUUCAUAUUUAUCGGGAUGACAAAUCCAUAGAAUAUAUUCUUUUAUGUUAAAUUAUGAUCUUCAUAUUAAUCUUAAAAUUUUGUGACGUGUCUUUUCCUUUUUUUCCACAGUUUUAAUAUAUUAUUCUUCAACAACAUUUUUUGUAACUUUACACUUUUUGGUUAUUUUAUUUUAAAAAAAUGAAAAAUUAAUUUAAAAAAAUGCAAAAAACUGUUGGAUUAUUUAUUUUAGAAAUUCCCCCCUUUGUGUUGGACUGCAAAUUGAGUUUCUUUCUCUUUAGGCUUUUCACAGCUAGGACUGAGAAUGUAUGUAAAAGUUCUGUGACAGUACAGAAGGAAAACGACUUUAUGUGUAGUUUCUAAAAGGGAAAA